AUGUCGCCCACCGCGUCCAAUCCUCGCAAGGCGGUCGUUGUCGGCGCCGGCCCCGUGGGAUGCCUCGCUGCUAUGUCCCUCGCCCGCCAGGGCUGGUCCGUGGACAUUUACGAGGGUCGUCCCGAUAUGCGUCUGCCCUCGUCCAAGGCCGCCGCGCAGCAGCGCUCUAUCAAUUUAGCCAUAUCCGCUCGCGGCAUCGCUGCCAUCCGUGCCAUCGACCCUGAUGCCGCGGACCGUUUCCUCAGCACCGUCAUUCCCAUGCAUGGCAGAAUGAUCCACGACCCUAGAGGGCGCCAACAGAGCCAGCCCUACGAUCGGGACGGCCAGUGCAUCAACUCUAUCGGGCGCGCAUUCUUGAAUGAGGAUCUCCUAGGAGAAGCGCUGGCUAAUCCGCGCAUCCGCGCAUUUUUCCAACACAAAAUCGCCACUAUCGACUUCGACCGCAAGACCAUGAAGGUUCGAAACGUGGAAGGAAACGAGGAUCUCGACGUCCCUUUCGACUUCUGUAUCGGCGCGGACGGGAGCUACUCUGUCGUCCGGAGUCAGCUGAUGCGUGUGGUUCGGAUGGACUACGCCCAGCAAUACAUUCCCCACGAGUACUUGGAGCUUAAGAUGCCGAUGGGUCCGCCGAACAAGCCCAGCGGAGAUCCCACCUUUUUGCUCGAUGAGAACCACCUGCAUAUCUGGCCGCGGCACACCUUCAUGCUGAUUGCGCUCCCGAAUAAGGAUUAUUCAUUCACCUGUACGCUCUUCGCGCCUACUUCGACCUUCGACUACCUGGCCUCGAGCUCCGAUGACGAGGUCCUCCGGUGGUUCCGCGCCCAUUUCCCCGACGCUCUAUCUCUCAUCGGCGACAAAGCGUUCCUCGAAGACUUCCAUCGGAACCCGAGGGGCACGCUCAUUACAGUGAAGGCGAACCCGUAUCACUACAAGGACUGCGCCGUCAUCCUAGGCGACUCGGCGCAUGCCAUGGUUCCGUUCUAUGGCCAGGGCCUCAACUGUGGUCUAGAAGACGUCCGUGUACUGGACGUUCUCCUUCGCGAAGCAAGUGUGGACCCCACCAUGAGCUUUCCUGAAGGCUCGAUCGAUCCGCGAUUGGCUAGUGCCCUGAGCAAGUACUCCGAAACCCGACACGAGGACCUGGUGGCAAUUUGCGACCUUGCCAUGGAGAACUAUGUCGAGAUGCGCCACAAGGUGGUCACGCUUGGGUACCGCUUCCGCACGGCGCUCGACGAGCUCCUGUACGCCUUCAACUGGUCCCACACCACCGCCGGGGAUGUCAUGCCGAGCCUGUCGACCAAGACGUUCUCCAACGCUGUCUCCGGGUGGCUGCCGCAGUACACGAUGGUGUCGUUCCGGCCGGACGUGAGCUACUCGACGGUGCGCCGCAAGGCGCAGAGGCAAUCGGAGGUGCUUAGGACCGCGGGGUGGAUCAGCGUGAGCGCCGUGCUGGGUACUGCGGGGAUCGGGGCCGCGAUUCUGGCGCGGCGACUGUAUGGGCGCGCUUGA